CGACCUCAAUCUCAAUCAAAUCUUGUUCUAUAUCUGUCAGAUUCUUGGGAUCUUGCUUGAUGCUUUUGUGGAAUUUCGGAUAAUUUUUAUUAGUAAAGUGAAACAAAUGGCUUCCAUGAAAGAUGUUGUUAGUAUGUAUCAAAACCUCAAAACAGAAUGGGCAAAGAAACCUACCAGGUUAGACAAAUGUGGCGAACUGCUCAACAAAAUAAAGGUUGCUCUCACCCAGUUGACAUUCCUCCCAAGUAACAACACAGCUGCAAAUCAAAAAGAACUGAUGCUGGCUCGAGAUGUUCUGGAAAUCGGGGCACAAUGGGCAGUAGCUGCUAAAGAUGUGAAAGCUUUUGAACGCUUUAUGUCACAGUUGAAAUGCUAUUAUUUUGAUUACAAGGACCAUCUUCCACAAUCAGCAUUUAUGUACCAGCUUCUUGGUCUGAACCUUCUAUUCCUGCUGUCUCAAAACAGAGUGGCUGAGUUCCACACGGAGUUGGAACGUUUAUCGGUAGACAUAAUCAGAGCGGACCCAUAUGUUCGGCAUCCGUUGGCUUUGGAACAGUAUCUGAUGGAGGGCAGUUAUAAUAAGAUCUUUUUGGCGAAGGAUAAUGUGCCAGCUGAAAGCUACACCUUUUUUAUGGACACACUAUUGGAUACCGUGAGAGGGGAAAUUGCUGCUUGCAUAGAGAAGGCCUACCUCUGCAUAUCCUGUGCUGAAGCGGCGCGACGUCUGAACUUACCAUCCCAGCAGGCUGUACAUGAAUAUGGCAAGAAGCGUAAUUGGGUGCUAGGCGCAGACGGCUGCUACCAUUUCAACGCAGCUGAAGAGACGUGCGCGGCCGCAGCUGGGCUGCCGUCCGCAGAGCUAGCUGAACAAACCAUAGAGUACGCCAGACAUCUCGAAAUGAUUGUCUAAAUUCAAAUUUUUGUCUAUGGGCUAGCAAAACAGCCUUGAUUUUUUUUUAGACAGCAUUCACAAUUUCGUCUACAUGGAUUUUUCGUAUUGCAACAAUAUCUAAUGUCGCGAAGUUGAAUAAGUACCUACUUAUUCUAAUUUAUGGUUUUGAAACAAAUAAUUACUUUUUUUUAGUUUUGCAGUUACUAAUCUUUGAUAUUAGUGGCUAAUAUUCAGUAAUUUGUAUAAUGUGACCCAAAUUUUAUGCGUUAAAAACAAUUAAAAUAAAUAAGAAUGUAAGUUGGGUACAA